AUGGCACUUCUGGAGAAUCCUGAAAUAGCAGCUGUGCCGCAGAGUACCUACAUUACACAGCCAUUUAAAGGUCCCACGGUGACGGUUGAGAGCACAGUUGAGGAGACCAAAUCCAAUGCAGCAACUCCCAGGCCCCAGUUUGAGCUAGAAGAGCACCCUGUCGAUCAAGUAAGACCCAUUAAGGUGGGCAUCAUCGGUGCUGGUCUAUCGGGAAUUACUGCUGGUAUACUACUUCCUGCCAAGCUGCCUGGUCUGGACCUGCGUAUCUGGGAUAAGAAUGCGGACGUGGGAGGUACUUGGUUCGAGAAUACUUAUCCUGGUGUGAGAUGCGAUAUCCCAGCACAUGCCUAUCAAUCAGUCUUCUCGCCCAACACACAGUGGACAGAAGAGUUUGCCCAAGGUGCAGAGAUCAGGGAUUACUGGCAGGGGGUAGCGAAAAAGUACAAUGUACACCAGUAUCUGCGCCUACAACAGCAAGUGCAGAAAACAGAGUGGCUUGCCGAAGAGGGAAAAUGGAAAGUCACUAUUCAGCAUGUCGAUGGCUCGAAUAAGGUCUACGAGGAAAAGCUAGACAUUGUCAUUAACGCUAUUGGUCACUUCAACGCUUGGAAACUGCCAGACUACGAAGGAAUCAAGGACUUCAAAGGUCCACUCUUCCACUCCUCUAAUUGGAAUCAUAAUGUCGACUUGAAGGGAAAACGGAUUGCCCUGAUCGGAAACGGUGCCUCGGGCUUGCAGGUCCUUCCAUCCAUUCAGCCCAUCGCCAGUCACGUUGAUCACUAUGCCCGAAAUCCCACCUGGGUUGCAGACUCCUUCAGCAGUGGAAACGGCGGUGUCCGCCGACUAGAGCCGAAUCUCUUUUCCGAGGCCCAGCUCGAGUCCUUCAAGGAUCCUAAGAAAUAUCUGGAGUACCGCACACAAGUGGAACGCGGAUUCUUCCAGCGCUUUGGGGCUAUCUUCAAAGACACCGCCGAAAAUCAGGAAUUAAAGGACAAAUGGACGACGCUCAUGUUGAAGCGCAUCGCAGGCAAGCCAGAGCUAGCAGAGCUUAUACUCCCGGAUUUCCCACCCAAUUGCCGCCGUCCUACUCCCGGACCGGGUUAUCUCGAGGCCCUCACCAAGGAUAAUGUCAGCUACAUCCGCCCACGCAUCAAGAAGUUCACAGAAGAUGGGAUCAUCACGGAAGACGGCAUCGAGCGAAAAGUCGACGUGACAAUCUGCUCAACGGGUGCAAACGUGGACCACGCCCCACCAUUCUCCAUCAUCGCCAACGGCAUCGACCUCAAAUCCGCCUGGAAGAAAGACGGUCUUUUCGGAUUCCCCUACUCCUACCUUGGCUUUGCGACUCCAGGCUUCCCCAACCUACUUUGGCUUGGUGGACCCUACUCCUCCGGCCACAGCGGUACUGUCCCCAACAGCGUCGAGAACCAGGUGACGUACAUUGCAAAGGUUCUUCGCAAAUUCCGCAGCCAGGGUAUCAAGACUAUCGUGCCAUCGAAACAGGCUGCAGAUGACUUUGUCGAGUACUGUGACUCGUUCUAUCCGCGCACGGUAUGGUCAGCCAACUGCAGUUCAUGGUAUAAUGGUGGUCAACCCGGGAGCCGGAUUCACGGAUUGUUCCCUGGUAGUGCGGCUCAUGCAAACUAUAUUCGUCGGGAUCCUCGCUGGGAAGACUGGGAGUAUAGUUAUGUCAAUGGUAGUGGGAAUCGGUUCGCUUUCUUUGGCAAUGGGUGGACUUCGAGGGAACUUGAGCCGGAGAAUGCCAACUUGACGCCUCAUCUAAAGUUACCAGAGCAUAUUGAUUUGAGGUCACAUUUGGAGGGAUGGUGGGAUGUUUAG